CUUCCACAGAUAUGGCCGAGUCCGACGCCGCAGGUACUACCUAUGAAGAAGAGCAUGUGCAUGAAGUAUACGAACAGAUUGCUUCGCACUUCUCUUCCACUCGCUACAAGCCAUGGCCGAUAGUAGAGCGUUUCCUGAAAGAGCAGCCCGGUGGUGCUAUCGGCGCUGAUGUAGGCUGUGGAAACGGAAAAUAUCUGGCUGUGAACAAAGAAGUGUUCAUUGUGGGUUCUGAUCGGUCGACGAAUCUUGUCACAUUUGCAAAACAGCACAAGCCGCACGAUGUCGUUGUGGCAGAUAAUCUCUCCUUGCCUCAUCCACCACGCAGCUUCGAUUUCGCCAUCUCAAUAGCUGUCGUCCACCAUCUCUCUACGCCAGCACGGCGCAUAGAAGCCGUUGCAUGCAUAUUGAACCUUCUGCGGCCGUCUCAGCAAGGUCUGAGUGGGAGUGGAGGCAAAGCACUAAUCUACGUCUGGGCGCUAGAGCAGAAGAGCAGUCGCCGGGGCUGGGAUGAAGGCGGCGAACAGGACGUCAUGGUGCCUUGGGUCAUGACGGCGAAGAAGGAGAAAGUACCGAAAAAGAAGAAACAGCAGCCACGGGGGAAGGACGAAGAUGCAGCACAACAGAGUGCUGAUAUAGAAGAAAAGACCGCGGACAAGACGCAACAGCAAACCGAGGUACAGGAGACGAAGCCAGAGGAUGGAAAGGUAUUUCUGAGGUACUAUCAUCUGUAUAGGAAAGGAGAGCUCGAAGAAGACAUAGAGAAAGCUGGUGGGAGUGUCGUUGAGAGCGGGUACGAGAAGGACAACUGGUGGGCGAUAGCGAGUCUCAAGUGAUCAAUGGCACAUGAUGCUUCGAUUCAGUCUUGAAGUCUGUAUGGCUUUUCAGCUGCAGCCGUGGCUACGGGCGACGACAACGACGACAGAUACCUGUUCGACUUCAGACUUGGAGGUCAUCGCUGGCAAGGACUUGCGUGGAAGAACAAGCAAGGCUUAACGCUUUGUUAAAGCCAUAUGGUAAUAGUAAUAGUAAUAGUAUAGAAUCUUGAUUCUUAACUUCA